UAGUCAAACACGUGUUGCCGGCUCAUUGAAUAAACACAACGCACGGAGUUUCAAGACGUUCAUUUUGCUUAAAUAUCCAGAAGGAAUUCAAGCGAAGAAUAUCAUAUACUAGCACAAUGGCGCGUGGCAAGAAGCAAAAUCCAUUUGCAGCUAGAAAACGACAAAAGCGUGCCAAUGGUGCUCCGGAGCGACCGGAUCGCCGUGCCGAGCCCUACAAGGAAAUUGAGCGUGACAAUGCGUCCUUCAUUAAAUACUAUCACCUGCAGAAGAUCUGUGCCACCGAGGAGGAGUGGACACAAUUCUUGGCCAGCAUUCGUGAUAAUCUGCCCACCACAUUUCGUGUGACGGGAUUCAAGGAUGAGGCCAGGGCGCUGUUGAACAUAAUUAAGACACAACUAUUUACCGAAUAUGUACGCGCUGUGGCCGAGCUGCAUGAGCUGCCCGCCGAGCAGGUGGAACGUCCCCUGUGCUUGCCCUGGUAUCCAAACGGAAUGGCCUAUCAGUUGCAUUUGACGCGUAAGGAUAUUCGUCGAUCGGAGCCACUGUUUCGGCUGCACAACUUUCUAAUUGUGGAGACAACGGCGGGCAGCAUAAGUCGCCAAGAAGCGGUAUCGAUGAUACCGCCGCUAGUGCUCAAUGUUCAGCCAACGGACAAGGUGUUGGAUAUGUGCGCUGCGCCUGGAUCAAAGACAGCGCAGCUAAUCGAGGCUCUGCAUGCAUCACCGGAGCAGUACAAGAUACCUCCUGGAUUCGUGCUGGCCAACGAUGUGGAUAACAAUCGCUGCUAUAUGUUGGUUCAUCAGGCCAAACGCUUGAAUUCUCCCUGCCUGUUGGUCACCAACCAUGACAGCAGCUUCUUUCCCAAUCUGCUGCAAACAGAUGAAGCAACCAAUAGCAAGUCCAUACUCAAGUUCGAUAAGAUCCUGUGCGAUGUGCCCUGCUCUGGAGACGGCACACUGCGGAAGAAUCCCGACAUCUGGAUGAAAUGGAACCUGGCUCAGGCCUACAAUCUUCAUGGUGUCCAAUACAGAAUUGUGCGUCGCGGCGCUGAGAUGUUAGCUGUGGGUGGCCGAUUGGUGUACUCCACGUGUUCACUGAAUCCCAUUGAAAACGAGGCGGUGUUACAGCGCAUCAUUAAGGAUGCGGAUGGAGCAUUAGAGCUGGUGGAUGCUUCGCAUCUGGUACCGGGUCUCAAAUAUAAGCCUGGAAUGGUUGACUGGAAGCUGGCCACUAAAGAGGUGGACGCCAUCUACAGUUCCUUUGACGAAGUGCCCGAGCAGCUGCACACGAUUAUACGUCCAACGAUGUUUCCCCUGCCCGAGGCAGAGAUGUCCAAAAUUGGGCUAGACAAGUGUAUGCGUGUAUUGCCCCAUCUGCAGGACAGCGGCGGCUUCUUUGUGGCUGUCAUCGAGAAGCGACGUCCACUCAAUUUCGAAAAGAACGAUCUGCAGGAUCUGUUGGAGAAGGCUGAUGCGAAGCCAACACAGCCGGAAGUUCAGCUCGACGAGUCUGGCAAGCCAGUGGAGGAUGAGAAGUCUGUGCCGUGGGGACCGCAGCGGAAGCGUCGACGCCUUCAUGGCUAUAAGGAGGAUCCUUAUGUGUUCUUCGGUGAAGAUGAUGCCGACUACGAGAGCAUACAGCAGUUCUAUCAGUUGAAUGAGACGCUCAACAAACGCUGCCUGCUCACCCGCUGCCAAACGGAGCGCAAGAAGAAUAUAUACUACUGCUCCGAUCCCAUACGGGAUCUGGUGGUCAACAAUGAACGAAACAUCAAGAUAAUCAAUACGGGCGUGAAAACGUUUGUGCGCUGCGAGAAUCGCCAUACGGUGCAUCCGUACCGCCUGGCCCAGGAGGGCCUGCAGACAUCGAAUGCCUUCAUUGGCAGCAGUCGUCGCAUUCAGGUGGAGCGCGAAGAUUUAAUUCUGUUGCUUAACUGCACGGAUCCAACGAAGCCGCCGUCAACGCUGGAAAUGAAGCCAGAGACGCAGCAGCGGUGCAAGGAACUGGGCGUUGGCAGCUGUAUUCUAAAGUAUGUAGACGAGGCGUUCACAUUGUUCAUUGUGGGCUGGCGCGGCACCUCCAGCCUGCGCGCCUAUGUAGAUCGCGAUGAGACGAUUCACAUUCUACGCCUUCUGGGCGCUGAUCUAAGCAAAUUUGAGGUCAAUAAAUACGAGAAGGCGAAAGAAGCGGCCGCUGCGGCGGCUGCUGCUGCAGCAGCUGCGGGCGAAGAUGCCGAGCAAAAGGAGGAAGUCAUGGAGAGCUCAGAAAAGGAGUAGUACAUAUAUAAUAAUUAAAUAUAACAUUAUCUGACUGUUUUGUAUAUCGGAUUUGAAUAUCGGAACUCAGUUGUUU